AACUAGUGAAUGUAGAAUGAAAGGGUGGUAUUUUAAAGGGUAAAAAAUCUGUAAUUUCUUUCUGUGAUUUUUGAGUUAAGAACAGGUGUUUUAAAAGCCGAUUUCAGUUGAUUCAUGACUGCAGACUCGACACAUGCUCAGUGAUAACACAUUCUUUUCUUCUCGGCAUUUUUUCUAUCAAAACGUGGGGAAUAAUCUGUGAAAAUCUGAAUAUUUUAAAAAUGAAUAAAUUACUAUUUAUAUUACUUCUAGGCAUUGCUACAACUACAGCCUCCCCAACGUGUUCUCAAGAAGAAUCUUUGAAAUGUGGAAGUUUAGGAGAUAAAGAAUGGAUUGGGAAAACAUGGCCGGAAAACGAAAUCGAGCUUAACAAGGCAUGCAGUGAUGUGGAGCAAAUUCUGGAUUGCCAAAUUGCGUUUAUUGAGCGAUGCCCGACAUCUGAGCAUGCCAGCUUCUUGGGAUAUUUGAAAGAAUCAAAAGUGCUCUACGGAAAAUUAUGCGUCGAAUCAGAUUUUCGUACAAAAUUCUUAAGAAAUGUUCCUUGCCUAAACCAUGAAGUUCAAGACAUAUACAACGUAUGUGGCAAAAAAUUCACUGUAGAAGAUGCUGGAGGAUUUUGUGCAUACAACUUCGCAGUUUUGCAGUGUGUUUUGAACGACAUCACAAAAAAGUGCGGAGAAGAAAGUUUACAUGUUUUCAAUGGAUUGUAUCAGCCAAUGUUGUCUCUGGAUAAAGUGUUUUGUAGAAGAGAUGACUAAAUUUAUGUAAUAAAGAAAAUAAAAUAAUUUUAAAUGUUUA